GUCACAAAACAAUACACACAACAACAACAACAACGACAAAGAACAAUUUUAAAAACUUACUCAAUCUUUUUCUUUUUUUUUUUUUUUGAUAAGAAAACUUAUAAGAUUUUUUAGCAAAAAAAGAUAUGGGAAACAGUUUACGGUGCUGUUUAGCUUGUGUACUUCCAUGUGGAGCCUUAGAUUUGAUCCGAAUCGUACAUCUCAACGGCCACGUCGAUGAGAUCACUCGUCCAAUGACCGCCGGUGAGAUCCUUCAGGCGAACCCUAACCAUGUCUUAAGCAAACCAUGUUCUCAAGGAGUUGUACGUAAGAUCUUGAUCUUGUCUCCUGAAUCUGAGCUCAAGCGUGGGAGCAUCUAUUUUCUUAUACCGGAUACUUCCUUGCCGGAGAAGAAGAAAACAAAGAAGAAAAAGGAUGUCCAACGUCGGAGAAAGACUCUUGGAAACGCCAACGACAUCAAUAGUAAUCACAUGGUAAGUACUAGUAAUAAGGAUCUUGAUUUGACGUUGUGUGAGAAAUAUUUGGAAGAUGUUAUGUUGUCGUCAUCCGAGAAGAAAUGUUCGGCCGGUAAAGAGAACCGUCACCGUCGAAGACAUAGUCGGUCGGCGUCGGUGUCUAUGUGGCAGCCUCACCUUGAUAGCAUCUCUGAGGAUUUUAAUUAGUGUUUUAAUGUUUUCAUUCUUCGUUAAUUCUGUCUCUAUUUUCUUAAUUUCUUAUUUCUUUUCAGAUCCGAAAAUAGAUUCUUAUUAACAUUCCCGGAGGGAAUAUUUUCAUUUUUUAAAUUUAUUUUGGUAUAUGAUUAAAAACAAAAAGCUUUUGUAAUGUACUAAUGUGUACAAGAUCUAUGUUAAAUCGGUAAUCUAAUUUUUAGUCUUCCGUGGCAAUGAGGACAAGAUCAUAUGAUCUUUAGUUUUAAAUCACUAUGCAUAUGUAAUUGGAUCAUAGGACAGGAAUCGAAUUGUAAUACAAUUAAGGAUAGAAUUCCCAAAUACAAAACAAAACUUUUUUUCAGUCGAACCAAAUAAUACGAAAGGUAAAAUCGUGUGUGGGUGGGUAAAAAACAAUCAAUCGUGUGUGGAUGAGUAACUAAAUAGUUAAAUGUCAAGUAAUAAUGAAACUGAAUAGUUAAACUGAAACUAAAUCACAGUAUUGGACCAACUAGUUAAAUUAUAAAUGAGACUUUCUUUAAACUGUGGUCUUAACUCAUUAUAAUAUCAAAAUAAUGUUUGAAAGCAUCAGAAGAACUGCAUGUUCAACUGUAAUGCAACGUAUUUAGACCAGUUUGUUUGGUUUUAAAGUUU